ACCAGUAGCUCCCGCCGCUCGCGUAUGGUUAGUAUAAUUCCGAUGAGCGCGAACAGCGAUGGAUUGAUCUUUCCGAGGUUGAUGCUAAGGUCAUCGACCCCGCGGUACGUGUAAUUUGAUACCGUGGCUUUCAAUCCUACAAGGCAGUUAUAUGGUCAAUUUUUCGGCAAAGCGAGUGGCUCAUUUCGAACGACACUGUCAACUGUACGUUACGGUCGAUGACCUGCAUCGAAUACUCCCAAUUAUGAAUCAUCUUACAGGGGGUCCGGUACGAAGUACAGCGGUCCUCGACGAAAUUCGUGUGUACCCGAACAUAACUCCGGCUGGACAUCUCUCGACAUAUCCACACAGUGGACAGACUUACCCAAGGCAAACUGGACUACGGAGCCUGAAACAUGUGCAGCAUUUAUAUCCGGAGAUUUGGUUAAUUUGCGCACAGCUGAUGGUUCCAUGAAACCUUUACUUCCGUCAGACUUCACACGAUGUCACUUCCGUAGCUCGCGAGUCUGUCAGUAAGUGGAGGACCAGGUAAGUAUGAUAUUGCAAAUUUUAAUGGCCCGGCUUCUGUUCCUCCGUAACAGCUAUCCCCGGAACCUUAUCGACCAAAGUACUCGGCUUCGUACCCGCAUUAUAUAUUUCCAAGUAAAAGACUAAUUGCCUUUCGUACCUACCGCUGAACAGUAACCUGACUUUCCGCUGGGUUAGGGAAUUUUUUUCUCUUAGAUUUUUUCAUUAAAUCGGUAGACUUCCGGACACCAGUUUUGUGCAAUACCUCGUCGAUCACUUAUACCGUUGUCCCAUUUUAUUCUCACACCUGAUUUAUCUCGGGAAAUACGACUCCGAUCGAAUUUCGAGUGUUCAGAAACUUUCGAAGUUCAACGGGGAACGUUCAUAAAAAUAACGUAUUCCGGUCCAGGAUAAAAAAUGGCAACGUAGGACGGCCAACAUGUAUUUUUCAAAAGGAAACCUGAUUUUUUUUCACACCAUAUAAUUUAUCGGAUCAAAACGAACAACUUUUGUAGGAAACAUUUUGCCAUUAACAAGCUCAUAAUUUUCAGGUAAGAAAAAUUUUUGUUGCGCGUGUGCACGCGGAACACUAGCACGGAAGGUCCUGCGGCUUGUCAACAGUUCUCGGCACAUCAGACGAUACAACGUGUUCGCACAAAAUUGAGGCCGGCGACACCUGCGACUUUACGGGACCUUGGCGCGGUCUUGUACGAUUACGCGCCAAUUGAACGAUCUUAUCGAGGAGUCGUCGAAGGAACUGAUGGAUCCGUGGCGGUGAUGUUCGCGAGCGAGAGGAUGCUGCGACGAUUGGGAAAUUCGGCGGAAAUUUAUGUGGACGGAACGUUCAAGGUUGUCCCCAAUAGCCCGCCAAUCGCCCAACUAUACACGAUCCAUAUGCGCGUGAUGGAUACUGGACUAGCGGCUGUAUUCGUAUUGUGUAGUGCGAAGACGAGGGCACUAUAUACAGCUAUUUUUCGCAAAAUAUUAGAACUUGCACCCGAAAUAGAACAAAACCUACGUUUCGCCAUGGGCGAUUAUGAACGCGCGGCUAUGAGCGCUCUGCGCGAAGUGUUUCCCGGGGCCAGCCUACAUGGGUGCUGGUUUCAUUUUAAACAGGCUCUCUUACGGCGAUGGAGAUACCUGGGCCUCAAUGCCGCACCCACCAGGAUCCUCGGGAUGGCAAUGGCGCUGCCGUUGGUUCCGUCAGAGCGCUUUGAAGAGGGCUUGAAUUUGUUGGCCAGAUUGGCGGAUCACGAUGCCAUCGAACAUCCAAACGUGCUGCAAUUUCUAAGCUAUAUUCGCCGACAAUGGGGACCCCUUGCUGACAUUGUCAGCGUACAUGGAUGCCCCAUCCGUACAAACAACUUGGUGGAAUCUUUCCACAACGAAGCGAGACGAAAGCUCGGGGGGCUUCAUCCGAAUAUUUGGAAAUUCAUAGCUGAUGAUCUCACGAAAAAUAUAUUAUCUGAGCGCCUACAUGGUGUGAAUUCGCUCCGAUAUCACAUCCUCGAACCCGUCGAAGUCUGUAGCUCGGAUUCGAAACUAGUUUCAAUUCCAACGGGGUUUAUGGCUCGACGGGUUUGUUCUCCCCGCAUGAAUAGCGGACACGCGCUUUUGAUAAUUUCAAUUCUGAGUGCAAUAUGCUUUGAUUUUUGUCACUUCUGCUAG